CAGACCAAGGCAGAAGCAGCACGUGUAUCGAGUUUGGAAAGAAACUGAAGUUUUAUUGACUUAGCAAAAGACCUUUCAUGUUUGAUAAGAUUAGAUAACUGCGCUGUUAUUAAAAGGCAUUUUGUCGGCGACAGAAAAACGAGGAUAAUUUAUCUACUCAGUCGCCGUCAUGUCUCACAGAACCUACAAUAAACUUUGGGCAGAUGCCCAUGUAGAGCUGUCCAGCCUGCUAACUCAGGAGCUGCCUGCACAGCCUCAAGGCCCCGAGAAGGACAGAGUGGUUUUUUUCCAGCGUGUGGCCACUCUCUACGUUCGGUAUAUCCAGAUCUUCCGGUCACUGGAGGUGGCAUAUGACCAGGUGGUGCAUCCCCAGAAGAGGCGUGUAAUUCGGACAGUGCUGGACGGAGUGAUGGGUCGUGUGCUGGAGCUCAAGAACGAGAUGGUGGAGAAGGAGUCUUCUGAGUAUCACUACAUGGAUGACAUCAUCCAGGACCUGAAACUGACGCCGGCAGAGAUUGAGAUUCCCAUUCCAAAAUACUUCAUUGGUGAUCGUGCUAAGGUCCUGCAGGACAGAAAAGAGAUGUUAGCAAGAAUUCUGGACAAGAUUACAGUGGUGGAAAAGCCCAAAAUUUUUGCUGUCCGCCCCUUGACUCUUGAAGAAGCCAUCAAACUGAUCCAGGUGUCAGAAAGAGCACGACAAGGGCGGCUCAGGGCUAAGUUCAUGAAGGAAAUCCGUCAUGAUGAGGAGAGACAGAGAAGAGCCAAGGAUAAGGAUGUGGGAUAUGCAGGCAUGGAUCAAGCAGCAAUAUGCAUUCAGAAGGUGUGGAAAGGCUUUAUACAGCGUAAGAAAACAAGGAAAGAAAGAGAAGAAGAGUUGAUCUUUAUUGGCAUGUCUCUGGGUCCACAACACAACCACACCUCUUCUGCCAUGAAGACUGCCCAAGUCACUGAAGGGCAGAGGCGUCAAAAGCAAGAAGAGCAUGAGGAGGAGUUUCAGAAAACUCGAAUCACCAUUAAAGACAAGUUGAGGGAUGUGGAAGGACCUGACAUGAAAGAGACCAUGAAAGAUCAGAUCCGCCAAUGGUUUAUUGAGUGCCAUGAUGCAACUGGCAGCUUUCCUGAUUAUCCUGAAGAUGAAGAUGGGGGUUCUGCCUUGAUUUUUGCAGAGAAAACGCCCCAGCAGUUAAUAGAGGAACUGGCGGCCAAAGAAGAAGAAGAAGCCAACAAAAAAACCAAAGGAAAAGAUGACAAAAAGGACAAAGGAAAGAAUGAGAAGGGAAAGAAAGAUAAGGAUAAGAAAGGGAAAGGAGAGGAGGAAGAGGAACCUGGACUAAAAAUGUUUCCAUCUGCUUUUCUGUCUGAAAUUGAAAAUGGACAUACAACCUAUACAACUGUCUGGGAAACCCGCAAUGAAGCUAAGAACUUCAAUCAGACGCAUGAAGCUGAGCUGAUCAAAGAAGAGAAGAGGAGAGAAAUCGAAGAUGAAAUCAGAAUUCAGGUAGAUGAGCUAAUGAGACAGGAAUUGACCAAUCUGAAGUUGGCUGUGGACAAAGACAAAGGAGGGAAGCCCAAAGGCAAUGCUAAGAAAAAGAAAGGAGGAAAGAGUGGAAAAAAGAAAAAGAAAGACAAAGAUUUGACAGCAGACAGGAGUAUUGAAUCUUUAUAUCAAGAGCUGGUGGAGCAGGGUUUGCUUAAACAAGCUCAAAAGGUUCAACUGGAGGACUAUUUAGGUGAUUAUAGCUACCUGGGAACAACACUGCGCCAAACAGAUAUUGAGCCAAUGCCUUCUCUGUCUGAUGUGCGACAAGUCAUAGCUUUGUAUGCCGUCAUACCCUUAGGCUCUCAGGCUGUACAUGAAAAGGCACCAUUGGUGAAGGCGAUCCUGUUAACUGGCCCCGCUGGUGUGGGCAAGAAGAUGCUUGUUCAUGCCAUUUGCACUGAAACAGGUGCCAACCUCUUCGACCUCUCCCCUCUCAAUAUUGCUGGGAAAUACCCUGGAAAGAGCGGGUUACAAAUGAUGUUGCAUAUGGUGUUUAAGGUUGCCAGACUGAUGCAGCCUUCUGUGAUAUGGAUUGGAGAUGCUGAAAAAAUGUUUUAUAAAAAAGUCCCCAAAGAUGAGAAAGAGUUAGAUCCAAAACGCCUUAAAAAAGAUUUGCCGAAGAUUCUAAAAUCUGUUAAAGGUGAAGACAGGAUUCUGAUUGUUGGUACAUCUCAUCAACCUUUCAAUGCAGAUAUAAAGUCCCUCAGCAAAGUCUACAGCAAAAUCAUCCUCAUUCCACGCCCGGACUAUGCAUCCAGAUAUGUUAUGUGGGGACAACUGAUAAAAGAAAAUGGUGGUGAAGUCACAAGUGCCUUAGACCUGAGCUCAUUGGCUAAGAUUUCAGAUGGGUACACGCAGGGACAUAUGGUGCAAGUGGUCAGAACAAUUCUAACUGAGCGCCGUAUACAGCAACUGGCAAAGCGACCCUUGACAGCCACUGAAUUUGUUGCCCCCCUGGCCAAAAUUGACCCUGUGUUUCAAGAUGAAGAGGAGGCAUUUAAGAACUGGUAUACUAAAACUCCUCUGGGAAAGAAACGAGCAAGAGCUGCAUUAGGGAAGGAAGGUGAAGAGGAAGAUCAAAUUAAGGGGAAAGGCAAAGCAGGACCCAAGAAGAAAAAAUGAAAAGCAGUGCUGUAGCACAAACCUGUCAUUUCUGCUGAAUCAUAAAAAUUAGAACAUGCAUUAUCUCACAGUCAUUACCUUUUUUCAUCUGGCUGAUUUUGUGUUUUUGCUUUUUUUUUGUUUAUGUGGGCGUAUAAAGUAAAAGCAAAUUAGUUCUCAAUUACUGUUUUAUCUUCAAGUUAUCUUUUUUGAAAUUGCACUUCAAAUUGCAAUAAAAUAUAAGGCUUACAAACAGUCAGAACCUAAUAAUAUAUAUUUAAAAGUAUAUCACAAUAUUUGAAAAGGUCUGUUUUGCUCAGUUAUAUUCAUGUGAUUCUUUUCAUAGUUUGUAACUGAAUCAGAAGCUCUUUUUCCAGUAAGUUAAGGUUAAGCAAAGUAUCUUUAAAGAAUGCUUAUGCACUAUAGAUCGGUUUUAAUCCAAAGUCUUUGUCUUUCUCAUGGCAUUUAUUUUAAUCAAUUAAACUUCUGUCUUUGAUGGUGUAAGUACUUGUAAUAUGAAUUUUAAAAAUAUAACAAGAACACAACAUCCACA